AUGUCAUCAUAUGCUAUCACAUUCUGUCUGCCUCCCAUCCCAUGUUUUCAACUUGCAUGUGUGGUUUGAAUGUGCAAGCAUUUGUGUGGUGUGUGCUGGAGUUUGGGAAUGUUUUCUGUGUUAUUUUUGUUUGAGCAGGUAUUUGUGAUGAUAGAUCUUGAGAAGAUCUUUCCGACGCAACGAGAAUCGCUUCAAUCGGAGCAAGAACGCGAAAGCUAUGAAGAUUCAAAGUUCAUGAGCUUGCGUUACAAUUGCGGCGGUUACAAAGUGAAGUUGUGGGGUGACUUUAUAUGGAGUUGGGACCUUUGGGGUUGGGGAAACUUGUCACUCUACUGUAACAGCUGCAAAUAGGUUGGGAACAACCAAGCUAGGUUGGCAAGGGUGGCCAACUUGGAUGGAUUGGUUGGGAAGGGACAAAGGUCAAAGUUGAGGUUCCUAUAGGGAGGGAAUCUUUGUGCUUAUGGGGUUUCCUUGGUUGGGGACUCUCUUGGGACCUUCCCUCUCAUCCCUCUCUUCCUAUCCCAACCUUUCUCUUGCUCCUUCUUAUUCCUUGUGAGAUUCUUGAACUUUGAUUGAACUUUUGAGAUUGAGUUAAGUUCUCCUCCUACAGCUUACCCCCUAAUGCGUCGAAAGCCAUAGCGUCGCGAAUACUUCAUCAAUCAACAUGAUUCAAAUUGGGAACGGUAGCUGAGAUUAAGAGCUACAACAUAUCCAAGUUUCGCGACAUUCCAACGGCUAGGUUUUUGUCGACGUCGUUUCUUGUGAAGACGACUUUUCUGUCCAGAAUUUCGGAUUUAUAUUUUGAGUAAUUCUAGCUCCUAAGUUCACCUAGACUCCGUCCUUAAUUCUAACAAGUGGUAUCAGAGCCAUAUUGAGGACAUUGAGAGGAGUCUACAGAAGUGUGAAGACCCUUCUAGACCCACCAUGGCCUGUGGGCGUGCCUAAGUGGUGUUCUAAAGGUUGGAUGUGUCUUCCGCUAAGGGGAAACUCUGCCGAAAUUUCGUGGACGCCGAUACUUGUGAAAAUAUCAAGGGAGCUGAGUGUGGACAGCAAAGGGGAGCUGAAAUUCGUCAUUUCUCAAGGAGGAGAUGAAUGAGAGAGGAGGAGAUGCUAAUGGAAGAGGAGCUGUACCUGAGAAGACAAGUGAGCCGCCACCAUCAAAAGUUGAAGCUUUGGAUGGCUCCAACUAUGAGGAAUGGAGCGGGCGCAUGAGGAGUGCCUUCAAACGCUACAAGCUACUGAAGAUUGCUGUUGGGGAGGAGAAGAUGCCGGAAGAAGGCGAAGAACGCGAACGGUGGAUUGAGAAAAGCACGGUGCUUUUCGACCUCAUCCUUCAAUCGGUCAACAAUGAGAUGUUCGAGCACAUCAAGGAUCUUGUGGAAGCGGAUGAUUCGGGUCCAAGGGCGUGGAAACUACUACGCGAUGUGAUUCAGCCCAACACUCUUCCGAUGGUGAUCGUGCUCGAGAAGGAACUUGCUGCAAUCUCCAUGCGACCAGGGGAUGAUGUGAAGCUGAUCCUUGACAAGAUCAAGGACACCUAUGCAAGGAUGGCAGCAGCGGGCAGCAGUGUAUCUCAGCUGCAGCAGUGCACCAAGAUCAUCUCGGUGUUGGAUAACUCGUGGGACAACCUCAUCCCCACCCUCAACUCUCAGCAAGAUCAAUGGACACCUGAGUGGCUAAGGCAGCAGAUUCUGCAGGAGGACUUCCGCAGACGCCAUGUGGGAGGGCGCGGCAGAGGAAGAGGGGGUUGGAGAGGCCGAGGCCGUGGGAGGAGCUUUGGCAGAGGUAGUGGCCGAGGUGACUAUAAUGAGGGGCAUGGGAGCUCUAGUGGCAAGGGGAGUACCAGAAUGGAGGGCACCUGCUGGUACUGCAAGAAGGUCGGGCAUCCUUGGUUUAAGUGCUUCAGCAGGCCGGAGGGAUGGGCACCUCCAAGCAUGAAGCCGCCCAGUGGUGAACGCGCACAAGGUGGCGCUGUGCAAGGCUCAGGUGCACAAGGUGAAGGUGCACAAGGUAAUGCCUAUCCUGGGAUGUUUCUCAUGGUUGAGGAUGUGCAUGGGCAUGAGGGUGAUGUGGGAUCUGUGGGAAAGGUUGUGAUGCACCCUCUCACGCACUGGGUGAUUGAUUCGGGUUGCACCAGUCACAUGACCCCACGGGCAGAUUUGCUUGAUGAGGUAAAACCCCCUGGGAAGAUCAAGUAUGUGGCAGCAGCGUCAGGUGCUUUGCUCCCUGUCAUUGGUGUUGGAAAUGCCAAGGUUAAGGGAGCUAAUGGGGAGCUUGUGGGGCUUGGGAAUGUUCUGCUGGUUGAAGGCUUGUCUGCUAACCUUCUCUCUGUGCGACGACUGCAGAAGAGCAAGGCCGAAGUGACCUUUGGACGAACCAGCUGCCGUGCUAAGCUUGGGAAGAAGGUGCUGUGGAGUCUGGAAGAGGAGACCAGCUGCAUCAAGGACAUGUGGCAGCUGCCCAUCAUCCCAUGGAAUGGGAAGACUCCAACAGCAGCAACGGCAGCAGCGGCAAAGGCAACAGCAGGAGGAGAUGCAACUGCACCAACUGAUGGGGUCCUGGAAGCAGUCAAGAAAGUGCAGCAGCAGCAGACACAUGGUGAGGUGCUUGCUGGUGUGGAUGCGAGUGCGGCAUGGGCUAAGGCUUCAUCAAGGAGUGGAGAGGCCGAUUGGGAGACAUGGCAUGAGAGGCUGUGUCAUGUGAACUUCCCUAUGCUGCAGAAGUUGGUGAAGGAUGGGAGCCUGAAGGGCUUGGAGGUGAAAGGGGGAGUGAAGGAGAUUGGGAGCUGCCCUACAUGCUUGGAGACCAAGUUCUCCAAGUUCCCCUUCAACAGCACUACAGGACCAGCCAAGACCCCACUUGCACUUGUGCACAUGGAUGUGGUGGGGCCCACAAGAGCCCCUUCCCUCUCAGGCAGCCGCUAUUUCUUGACAAUUGUGGAUGACCACACUCGGGCAGUGUGGGUUUACCCUUUGAAGAGCAAGGGGGAGGUGGCAGCGGCUGUCCUUAAGGAGUGGAUGCCUAGAGCUCAGAGGGAAUGCGGAUACAAGGUGAAGGUGAUCCGCAGUGACAAUGGUGGGGAGUUCAUUGGAGCUGAUUUUGAGGGGGAGUUGAAGAGGAAGGGGAUCCACCAUCAACUGACAGUGCCCUACAACCCACAGCAGAAUGGCGUGGCUGAGAGGUUCAACAGGACCCUGCAGGAGGGGGCACGCACUCUCCUUGGGCGUGCAGGGCUGCCUGAUCCGUUUUGGGUGUCUGCACUGAGGCAGGUCGCCCUUGUGAAGAACAGGGUGCUGGCUACAGUUGGAGAUAAGGAGUGGAUCCCAUAUGUCAAGUGGUAUGGGAGUGCUCCAGCUGUGAACAUGCUGAGGGCAUUUGGGUGCAUGGUGGUGUUUCAUGUGCCUAAGGAGAAAAGGGGGAAGUUGGAGGCUUCUGGAAGAUGGGGUGUGCACUUGGGGAUUGCAAAGGAUCACAAGGGGUGGCUGCUAUGGGACUUGACCACCCAGAAGUUGACAGUGUCAAGGGAUGUGAAGUUUCUUGAGUCCCUGUACUACAAGGAAUGGAAGCAGCAGCAACAGAAGCUUCCAUCUACACCGCUCAUUGUGGAGGCAGAUGAGGUGCAGCAGCCUUCAAGACAGGUGGAGGUUGCAGUGUCAGAGGAGGAGAUGUCUGGGGAGACUGAGGAAGGGGGAGCAGCUGAAGUGGAGCAGCAGCAGCAGCAUGAGUCUCCACCUCGAGUUCCACACCCGCCUGAGCGUCCUAGGAGGGAUGUGCGCCCUCCAGUGAGGCUGACCUAUGGGGGAAGAGGCAAGCCGAAUGUGGUGCAGGCUGGGAGUGUGGUUGAGCAGAUUGAGGAAGAUGAGAUCGCUCACUGCUACUGGGCACCAAUCCCUGAGCCCAAGACUCGAGAGGAGGCUUUGAAUGGACCAAAUGGGGAGAAGUGGAAGGCGAGUGAGGAUGAGGAGUUCGGGUCCCUAAUUGAGAACGAGACAUGGGACCUGUGUGACUUGCCUCCUGGGAAGAAGGCAAUCACUUCCAAGAUGAUCUACAGGCACAAGUAUGGACCUGAAGGGGAGCUGACCCGCUACAAGUCUAGGCUUGUGGCACGGGGGUUUCAGCAGACAAAGGGGAAGGACUAUGAUGAGGUGUUUGCUCCUGUGGGGAAAGGAACAACAUUGAGGGUGCUGUUGGCGAUAGCUGCACUCCUGGGAUGGAAGAUUCGGCAGAUGGACAUUGUGACUGCCUUUCUGAAUGGGAUCAUUCUGGAGGAGGUGUACAUGAAGCAGCCAGAGGGGCUGGAUGAUGGGAGCGGCAGGGUCUGCAGGCUGAAGAAGGCCAUCUAUGGCCUUAAGCAGGCGCCUCGUGCAUGGUAUCACAAGUUGGAGGAGGCGCUGGUGGCUGGGGGUUUCAAGAAGAGUGAGUGUGACCCCAGCCUGUUCCUGCUGCAGGAGAAGGAUGAAAUCCUCAUGCUCUUGGUGUAUGUGGAUGAUAUCCUUCUCUUUUCUGCAUCAACUGCUUUGCUGGACAGCGCAGAGCAGAUGCUGGAGAUGCAGUUCAAGUGCUCCAAGAUGGGUGAGGUGAAGUACUACCUGGGGAUGCAUGUGGAGAGAGAUGUGGAGAAGGGUGUGCUGAGGUUGCACCAGAGGAAGUACUGUGAGGGGCUGGCUGAAAAGUAUGGGCUGCAAGAUGGGGGAAAGCCAGCAACACCACUACCUUCGGGGUUUACUGUGGAGCCAUGUGCUGAUGAGGAGGUAGUGGGUGAGAGUGACAGGAAGCUGUUUCAUUCGAUGGUUGGGUCGCUGAAUUAUGCUGCAAAUCAUACACGGCCUGACAUUGCAUUUGCUACAUCACGACUGGCUAGCGUGGUUUCACGUCCUAGUCAUGAGCAGCUGGAAGCGGCCAAGAGGUUGGUCCGCUAUGUGAGUGCUACGGCAUCAGUGGGAUUGGAGUACAGUGGAGUGAGGCAGCGGUUGCAGAGAGGUGCUACAGAUGUGAAGAGUGGUGAGAUGCUCUUGAGUUGCUAUACUGACGCUAGCUUCAACUCAGUGAAAGCGGAUGGCACCAGCAUUGGGGGGUUAUGUGUGCUUGCUAGGAGGUGGUGCUGUGAGCUGGCGCAGCAAGAAGCAGAAUGAGGUGGGAUUCUCCUCAUGUGAGACUGAGUACAUGGCCUUACACCAUGAGGCCAAGGAAGUAGUGUGGCUAAGGCGUUUGUUGGAGGAGUUGGGAGUUGGUCAGGAGGAGCCGACAGUUGUGUUUUGUGACAAUGAGUCCGCUGUGAAGCUCGCCAAGAAUGCUUGUCUGCAUGGGCUGACAAAACACAUAAGGCCUAAGUGGCACUGGGUGAGGAGACUCCUUGAUAAGGAGGUGCGGCUGGAGAUAGUGAAGACCCAUCAGCAGGCAGCAGAUAUUUUCACCAAGCUUCUGGCGGAGGCGGAUCAUUGGAAGGGCAUGAAGCUUGCUGGGAUGAGUGUGCAUUGAGUAUGCAUGCUUGAGAUGUGGUAUGGUGGAUGAUGGUUGGCAGCCAGAGGGGGAGAUUGUUGUGUGAUGUCAUCAUAUGCUAUCACAUUCUGUCUGCCUCCCAUCCCAUGUUUUCAACUUGCAUGUGUGGUUUGAAUGUGCAAGCAUUUGUGUGGUGUGUGCUGGAGUUUGGGAAUGUUUUCUGUGUUAUUUUUGUUUGAGCAGGUAUUUGUGAUGAUAGAUCUUGAGAAGAUCUUUCCGACGCAACGAGAAUCGCUUCAAUCGGAGCAAGAACGCGAAAGCUAUGAAGAUUCAAAGUUCAUGAGCUUGCGUUACAAUUGCGGCGGUUACAAAGUGAAGUUGUGGGGUGACUUUAUAUGGAGUUGGGACCUUUGGGGUUGGGGAAACUUGUCACUCUACUGUAACAGCUGCAAAUAGGUUGGGAACAACCAAGCUAGGUUGGCAAGGGUGGCCAACUUGGAUGGAUUGGUUGGGAAGGGACAAAGGUCAAAGUUGAGGUUCCUAUAGGGAGGGAAUCUUUGUGCUUAUGGGGUUUCCUUGGUUGGGGACUCUCUUGGGACCUUCCCUCUCAUCCCUCUCUUCCUAUCCCAACCUUUCUCUUGCUCCUUCUUAUUCCUUGUGAGAUUCUUGAACUUUGAUUGAACUUUUGAGAUUGAGUUAAGUUCUCCUCCUACAGCUUACCCCCUAAUGCGUCGAAAGCCAUAGCGUCGCGAAUACUUCAUCAAUCAACAUGAUUCAAAUUGGGAACGGUAGCUGAGAUUAAGAGCUACAACAUAUCCAAGUUUCGCGACAUUCCAACGGCUAGGUUUUUGUCGACGUCGUUUCUUGUGAAGACGACUUUUCUGUCCAGAAUUUCGGAUUUAUAUUUUGAGUAAUUCUAGCUCCUAAGUUCACCUAGA